GCGAAUAAAAAAGAUUUAAAUAAAUUCGUAUUUUUUAGUUCAAUCAGAUUACCAAAAGUGGCAAAGUGAUAACAUGAUUCAAAAUUAUUUUUUGUUUAGUAUCUUAGUCAUAGGUAGUAUUAUAUUAGAAGGAAAUUGCGAACCUUCAGAGAAUGGUAAUGUCACCGUUAAAGAUUUUUGUAUUAAGGAAACUGGUAUUAGUAAAGAAAAAGUAAAACAAAUGGAAGAUGAAUCUAUAGAAGAACUAGACGAAGAUUGUUACUGUUACCUUCAUUGUAUAUUUAUAUCUCUAAAGUUGAUUGAUGAAAAAGGUAAACUUGACGUUAUGAAAACAAUGAAGGAAUUCCCAGAUUUUAACGAAGAAUGUUUAAAGAAAGUUCCUCAAAUUAUGGAAUGCACUGAUAUUGCAGCUCUCGAUGUUUGCGAAUCCUAGUUGCUUAAAAACUUAGUUUGAAAUUAAUUUUAUUAUAACAUUUUGUCCUAAAUUGGAAUGUUGUAAAACAUCUAAUAAUUAUUAAAUAUAUUUAAUGUGGGCCAAUGCGUACAAUAAAGAAAUGUAAGUAAAAA